CCCUUGGGAAACUCAACUGCAGGAGAGUGCCUGCUGCUAGAAGCUGAAGGGAUGUCCAAGUCGUACUGCAGUGGGACGGAGCGGACAGAAGCAAAUCCAGCUCACUGGUUUCCAGUUGAGUUAGAGGAUGGCAUUCACAGAGCAUCCACAACUGGCCCUCCAUCGCCGGGACCUCUGUAACCGCUCUAUCUGGCUAGCAAGGAAGAUUCGUGCAGACCUGACUGCUCUCAUGGAAUCCUAUAUGAAACAUCAGGGCCUGAACAAAAACAUCAACCUGGACUCAGUGGAUGGUGUGCCAACGGCAAGUACUGAUCAGUGGAGUGAGCUGACCGUAGCAGAGAGACUCCAAGAUAACCUCCAAGCUUACCGUACCUUCCAUGGUAUGCUGGCCAAGGUUUUGGAAGACCAGAAGAUACAUUUUACCCCAACUGAAGGUGACUUCCAUGAAGCAAUACAUACCCUGCUCCUCCAGGUUUCUGCCUUUGCCUAUCAGCUAGAGGAGUUAAUGGUGCUCCUUGAGCACAAGAUCCCCCCAAAUGAUGGGAUUCCUGUCACUGUUGGAGAUGGCCUCUUUGAGAAGAAGCUGUGGGGCCUGAAGGUGCUUCAAGAGCUUUCACAGUGGACAGUGAGGUCCAUUCAUGACCUGCGUGUUGUUUCUUCUCAUCAGAUGGGAAUUCCAGCGCAUGAGAACCGCUAUGUGGCUAAGGACAAGAAAAUGUAGCAGCUUUCUCCCUUUCUUUCUGCUCUAAGGAAAUACACAUCGUUUUCUGGCGUUCAUUUUCUCAUCUGCAAGUUUUAAGAUGACUACAAGUAUUUUCAUCACGUAGGGAUGGAGACCUAGACAAAUAGACAUAAAGCUUAAUCCGGUAUAUAUGAGCAUGUGUUGAGCAUGAGGAACUGGCUACAAAAACAUCAGCUUGGUACUGUAACCCUUCUCAUUAAGCACCUUUGUUAACCAUGUAACAGCCUUACAGACAAGAGGUAAACAUUCUAACUGUAGUUUUGGAUGACUUCUGAGAAGACUGAACCACUAAGUUGAAAAUCAUGGACUCUAGCCAUUCAAAUUCUUAUGAUAAUAAAAAUAAUAGCUAACA